AUGGGAGACCUGUCAAGGGUGGAAGUCAUCUUGUCCCAGGGAGGGACGGACAUAAACUGUAAAGACAAGAUUGGUAGGACACCGGUGAUGUGGGCAGCUGGCAAUGGACAUAAAGAGGUGGUUGAGUUACUUGUGAGUAAAGGAGCAAAGGUGUCAAUUGUCGAUAGAUGCGGUAACAGCAUCCUUCACUCCGCCGGUCGGGGAGGAGAUGUAGAGGUUGUGCAGUAUGUCCUUUCACAUGACAUGGUAGAUAUCAAUGGUAGAGGAAGUUGUAGGAGAACACCGGUGAUGCUGGCAGCAGAGAAAGGACAUAUAGCAAUUGUUAAGCUACUUGUGGAUAAAGGUGGUGAUAUGUCACUCGUGGAUAAAAGACAUGAGAACAUCCUUCACUUGGCCUGUUUAUGUGGACAGAUAGAGGUUGUGAAGUAUGUCCUCUCACAGGACAUAGUUGACAUCAACAGCAGAGGGCGGAAGAGGAAGACUCCUGUUAUGCUGGCAGCAAGAAACGGACACAAAGAAGUGGUAGAGUUACUCGUUAAAAAAGGAGCUGAUUUGUCACUAGCAUAUAAUGCUGCUGGUAGCAACGUCCUUCACGUGGCCUGUUUUAAAGGCCAUGUGGAUGUGGUGAAGUAUUUGCUCUCACAGGACACAGUGGACGUUAACAGCAGAGGGUGGAAGAAGCGAACACCAAUGAUGAGGGCAGCAGAAAAGGGACACAAAGAAAUAGUAGAGUUACUCGUAAAUAAAGGAGCUGAUUUGUCACUAGCAUAUAAUACUGCUGGUAGCAACGUCCUUCAUUUGGCCUGUUUUAAUGGCCAUGUGGAUGUGGUGAAGUAUUUGCUCUCACAGGACACACUGAACGUUAACAGCAGAGGAUUAAUGAAGCGAACACCGAUGAUGAGGGCAGCAGAAAAAGGACAUAAAGAAGUAGUAGAGUUACUCGUAAGUAAAGGAGCUGAUGCGUCACUCGUGGAUAAAAGCGGUAACAACAUCCUUCACUUAGCCUGUCAGAGGGGACAGAUGGAGGUGGUGAAGUAUAUCGUCUCCAAAGUUAUUGUUGACGUCAACGCCAAGAAUAAGAAACGUAAAACAGCAGCCAACAUAGCAUCAUCACAGGGACGAGGAGACUUGAUGGAUCUUCUUGUGUCACAUGGUGCUCACAUGUCCUAG